AUGUGCGGCAUGAAACGAGAUAAAUGCGCCCAUCUGGCGGAAAGGGAUGAUGAAAUUUCACGGUUGGAAUUACGAGUAUUAGAUAUAUCGCAAAAUAAGCUCGGUGAAUUACCGUUCGAUAUACGGUAUAUGUGUACAUUGGUCGAUUUUUGUAUCGAUUUCAACCCUCUCACAGCACCACCUGCUAAACUUUGCUCAAAGGGUCGUGAACAUGCAUUUAAAUGGUUGCGAUCACACGCUGGACGAACAAUUGAUAAUGCAACGAAAGCAUACAGUCAUACAUUUAAACGACCACUCACCAUAAAUGCAACAUUAAGAAGAGGACAAAAUAUAGAAAGUAUCGGUGAUGGACGUCGUUUUGAAAGGCGAUCACGUGCCACUCGCUUUAAUACUGUAGGUGGUAGUGAUUCUGGUUAUGCAUCAACUACUGAUGAAAAUCGUUAUUCUCGUGAGUUUCAACCACAAGUUGGCUGUUUAUUCAAUAUUAAUGAAGCUAAUCAACUGCAUCAUCAUCAUUAUCACCAACAACAACGGCAAGAGCAACAGCAACAGUUAUUGUCAUCCAAUUGGGAAGCUAUUGUCGCAAUCAAUGGCUUAGAGUCAAAGGAUAAUUCUGCUGAGAACAGUAAUGGUGACCUAUUAAAGGAAGUGAUGCAUGCGUAUGCUCAAAAGGUUCAAUUUUAG